AUGUUAUUUUUCAAUUUUUUAUGUUUAUUAUAUCUGAUGGUACUUAGCAAUACCCAUACUAUAUCUAAAAGUAUUGACACCGACGACGGAAUAGAUGACGUUUCCGACACAAUAGUUAAUUUAGACAACACUAAUCAUCAUAGGAUCAGACGCGAUAGAAUCCACCGGAAUCACAGGAUACGAGAGAUACCCACGAGACAGAGUUAUGUUAUCACGGGGACUGAUUUUGAAUCAAAAACUACUAAAGUUGCUGAUAGACCUUACACAGACUUAAUCACCUUCAAUGCCACUACUACUAAUCCAACUUAUAGGUCUCAUAAACGUAAAAUCGGUGGCUUCUGGAAAAGGUUUAAGGCUAAAACUAUAACCACCAAUAUUGGUAAUGCAAAGAAAAGGCAAGUCGCUAAAAGCGAUAAAUAUAAAGAGUUUAAAGAUGCAGAUGAUAAGGAAUUCUUGUAUUACCAUCCCACAAACAAACAGAAGAAAUUUAAUUCGUUUGUAUUUCAACGGCCUGCAAUUGUCACCGCAGAUGACGAAUUGGAAGUAACUGUAGAUGUUCCUCUAAAAAAAAAACAUAAUAAUGUUAAAUUUGUUUUCACACCAUACGUUAUGUAUGCAACUAAACUCACUCCUUCAAUGGUGGAACUAAUAGAUAAAAGUAUUCAUAAAAAAACUACUGAAAAUAUGAAUUCUGCAAUAGCAAAGAUGAAUACACAAAUAAAUCAUUUAAAAAAGAUGUAUGGCGUGAGGAAGUCGCAGGAUUCCAACCUAGAUACUACCCUUGGUUAUCCUAGAACAGCAGAAAUAGAAGAACUGCUAACUGGAAUUAAAAUGAAAGCCAUUCAAACUGUGGUGGAGAAUGGUCCAUCAAUGGUUGAUAUAAUAUCAAAUACCGUAACCGAAGCUACUUUUGGAGCUGAACAUGUCUGGAAUAAGUGGGGCACACCGUUCUCUCCAUUUCGCCUUAGCACUCUACAUGUUGAUAAUAUUUUUCAGAAGGAAGUAGAUGAAGACUCCGGACGUCAUCAUGUGAUCACAAGAUCGGUCACAAAUGAACCUUUAUCGAUAUCUAAUAUUGAGGAGAUGCUACAUAAAGAAAUAAAGAAUAUAUAUCACAAAAUGAAGCUCAAGGUAGCAAAGGAACCGCUCAAAUCUAAACAUAAUUUAACAUCAACUUCUACUGUCACAGCACCUACUACAUCAACAGCAGCUACGACAACAACAACGACAAAAAUAACAACAACAACAACAACAACAACGCCAAUGACAACAACGAUACUAACACCUGCUACUGUUGUUACUGCCAAUAAUGGAACUCCCACUGUUUUGCCAGCAACAAGUUCAAAUAAAACAACGACUAAAUGUAAAACACAAAAGACAAAAUCUACAAGUCAAAGAGAGGUCUCUCAAUAUCCCAUUAAGACGUCCACAAAACCACCUCAACAUCAUGAUAAAUUUUACGAACAAGAAGAACCCUUUUCUCUUAAUAGACUUGAAAGAGAUAAUACUCCUGCAGAUGUGAAUAUCACAGAAGCGGAACCUCUGAACACAGAUGACUAUAACAUGUUAAAUUUAUAUGAACAAAUGCUACAAAAAGUUCAAGAAAACAACAUUAUGAAACUAAUCGCAACAGCAAAUUUGCCUUCAAACAAGAACGAGCGAUACAGAUUAUCUAAAAGAAAUGCCGAAACGCUUACAGAUAAGGAACUAAAAGAUUCUGUGCGUAAGUUACACCAAGAUGGAGAACUACUUCCUGAUUACGAAUAUUUAAAAACUCUGUCUACGCCUACUGCAGGUGAGGUUGACGACAAGGGAUAUGAAAUGAUGCCUAGUACCAGUUACGAGGAUUUGAGCAAAAAGAUAGCAUACGAAGACUUUGUAAACGGUUAUAAACAUUACCUUAAGUUCCAACAAGAAAAGGCGAAGGCGGACAAUUUCUCUGCUAUGGUUAAAUACCAAGCACACAGACAUCACAACGUAGAUGAUAUUGGGAAAUAUAUACUUGAUAAAAUACCACAGCUUCCUCAAGAUCCCAAUCCAGUUAAUGUAAACAGACUGAAAAGAUUCUUCGAAGACAUGGAUAUGGAAGACCAAGAGGUGUCAACUAAAACUGACGAUUCAUGGUUUAGGAAGCAUUUUUACAUAUUCUUGGACUAUGGGCCGCCAAAAAAAUUUCAUACUUCACAAGUAGUAUCUCUAAAACCGCCUAUAGCUGAUAUAAGUUCAGAUCCAAUGCAGUCUACAAAAAUCGUAACUUAUAAUCAGAGUUCAAGCCUGAGUAACAUUUAUUAUGGAUUAGGAUCGGAUGACAGUACUUCUGAGUCGAGUACUAAAGAGUCGACACCACCGAUCAAUUUGGAUCAACUGACAAAAUCUUUAGACUCUAAAAGUACUACUAUGAGUGAUUCGCUUCAUCAAGAGCUUGUAAAAGUUAGCAAAGAUAUAGAAAGUACAACAAAACCAAUGGAUGCAGCAACUACAUAUGCGGCAGAUAGACACAAGAGGGCUAAUGAAAGCAUUGGUAUUGCCGAAGAUUUUGUUACCAAAGACUUAGAAGAAAGAUCUUCUACACCAGCGAAAGAAAUGCAAGCCGAUGUCACGAUACAGAAUAAAACUAAAAGUGGAAGCAAAUUUGGUUAUGUAGAUGUCAAUCUUGUGCCAACAAAUUCAAUCAGCCUCCACGUGAACAAUACUAAACAAGUUAAGAAGAGUAAAUUGAAAGAUUUCUUCAAAAAAUUCCAUUUUAAGCCAAUGAAAUCUAAGAAGAAAGACAAACGUGCGUGCACUUACCGACCUCCUAGGUUCAACCCAUUCAAAAGUCUCAAAAAUAUAAUAUUUAAACCUAGUGAAAAAACACCAUUCACGAAACCAAAUAGUACACGUAAGCAUGUCAAGACAUCUACCAAAAGUACUCAGAAGACACAUUAUAAUCCUGUAUAUGAUCCUAUUUUGGACAGACCUAUAGAAAAACAGAAAACAACUAAAUUGAACAAGUUCAUGAUGGAUACAAAUGAUGUGCAAGUACCAAUGAUAAGUGAUAGUAGUAAUUUUAGUAUUUCUGAAACUUUACGAACACUGCAACCUGUAGAUACCCAGCCCCCUUUACAAGGAAAAGCAGCAGCCCUCGAUGUUCCAUCUCAAGCUGGAAAAGUUCAAUCUGUUGAUAGUUCAUCAUCUCAAACAGUGAAACAAUAUCUCGACAAUCUGCCGUCUCAACAAGAAAAAAAUCCAUCGUUUAAUUCCCUAAUGGGUACUUCAGGAAAACCUUCAACAUUUUUGCUGAUGAUGGACGACGGGCAGAAGAGUGUGUUAUAUGUUCAACCGGAGACAGUCCAUAAAUCAACACGUAACAUGAAACCACCGAAAAGAAAAACAACUACAAUGAGAACGGUAUCCACAAAAAUGCAACCAAAAUACACACAAGACUUAAGAGGAGUAUUUUCAGUCAAUGUUAAGACUUACAGAACUCUGCCUUCGAUUGUCAUGAAAGCCCUGACGUCUAUUGCCACAAAUGAGACGCUCCCUGAUCUGAAUUUGGAGAUAGCCAAGAUGCAGUUUGGAAUGCGACCAACUGAACAAAAUUUGAGAGCCAAUAACUCCAGAGGUGGUACGUUCUUUGUGAAGAGCGACACCAAUUUAGUAAAACCAAUGCUUGAUGGCCUGAGUUACACGAACCAGUUGACAAGAAUUGCUAAGCUUUCUAUACCUAAAACCAAACGUUUGGAGGUUCGCCAGAAUGUCCAGUCAAAUAUCGACAUCCCGAUACCUCACGAUUAUCAUAUGUCUGAUGAAUACACAGAAGAACCAGUGGGGAAACACGAGUUUGAGGAUAGACUUAACCCGAUAAGGACGGAUAAAAACUUCAAAAAUAUUGACUAUUUCAAUGAUUUACUGAUGUGGAACAAUGAUAUCUUGAACAUUGAUAAGGUACCUCAAGCUGAAUGGAGGAAUUUUGUCAAGGACGUGGAGAAGGAUUUCGGGACUACAGAAUACACCACCCCAAAUUUAUUCACCAUGAUGGGUGAAUUAAAAGAAUUAGAUAGGACAUUCAAGAAUCCAAAAAAUCAGCUUCAUCCAAUAGCACAACCAACUCGUGACAAUAAUAUGGAAGGGCACAAUUUUAACGACGGGAUGGUCAGACAUGUAGUUUUGAACGAUAAAGCUUUAGUUAAAAGUAAAGAUCUGCUUAUAAAGGGCGAGCAAAAAUAUUUUCAGUACAAUAGACCAAAUAUAGGAAGUAGCUUUCAAGAUUUGCCACCAGCUUCGACCUUGCAAUUGCCCUCGUGGUCUGAGAAUGAACCGUUUAAACCGACUAUGAACGCCUGGACUGCUGACGCUAACUUUACCGUCAAGAGCCCUAUUACAUGGUUUGACGAAAAGUCGAAAAUGCCACCGCCGUCUUGUAAGCCGAAAGUUUUCACCCCAGAGAGCCAUAUACAGUGGACUUCUGCUAAGAAAUCUAACGCUGAGAAAACCUGGACGGUGCACAGUCCUAUAACUUGGACCUGUGAAGGUCAUGAAACCAGGCCCCCAGAGGAUUGUCUGGGCAAGCUUGCUCGCAAAUUCUACAUCGGUUCAAAGCGGCCGUAUCCUGAAAUCUAUAGGCUAUUUAAUUAUGACCCAUCUCGAGGGAACCCCAGACCUGCUAAAGUUGCUAAGUCUGCUAAAUCUGAUUUACUUGGAAUAUCUAGAAAGACGGGCAAAUCCGAGAAGGAUGCAAAAGUAGAUAAAUCUGCAAAGACUGAUAGACUUACUGGCCUUAGAAAAGAUAACGCGAAGGACACGCCAGCACUCAUGGUAGAUACAACACUGCUAUCUUAUGAUGAUGAAGUGGAAACUGUCACAAAUGGGAUUGAUGUAAAAAAGAUGUCAAGAAAUUCGCAGAAAACGGCAAAAUUAAGCAAGGGGAAAUCCAAAGCGACGACUCACACAGCAUUGGGCAAAGUUGUUGCAAAAACGAAUAAACGACCACAAAUGUAUUAUUCAACCCCCUUGCCGAUGAAGCCAUCCGAUUUUAAUAAGUUUCUUAAGGAACAAGGCAUGGACGUAGAAUCACUUAUCUCGCCAAUAUACGGCCAAACUAGACUGUACCAUUCUUGGUCAUCACGGUCUAAGCCCGCCACUAUGAGUUUGGUGAAAAAUUCUCAUUCCCCCAUAUUUCCACCUAACUCUUCACCCAUAACCAAACUGACGAGCUUCUUUUCAAAAUAUUCCACUCGUAUAGACAAAUUUAGACACAAACCCAAGGAUCACAAUAAAAUUAGUAAUAAAAAAGAAAAUUUAACUCUCACAGCUAAGUCAAUGGACAAGAUGAAAAAGAAGUUAAGAGUUGGGCCCAAUCCAUCAUUAGGCUCGAAUAGAUACGAAAGAGAAAUCAGUUACGGACUUGAUAGGCCAUAUCCAAUGCAAGACUUGAACCCUUACAAGAGACUUAAAAAGUUGAAACUAUUUAGGCAAAAAUAUGAAAUGGAGACUUUGCCUGCACCGAAAGCUGGCCCAGAGGAAACAUUUUCGCCGGAGUUGCAAGCUAAAUUAAGCCAUUUACAAGAAAUGAAGCGAAUAAAUGUACCUAAAACUAAACCUAAAUCUGGGCCUCAAGUUGAUACCAAAUUCCUACCAACCUUUGAACCUCAUUUCGAUCAAACAUCUGACAAAAAGUUGGAAAUGGAAAAAGAAUAUACUUUGAUAACGAAGACGGCCACCACUGAGAGAACCACUUUAGUUUCAACAGUAGAACCUGAAGAAGAAGAUUCCGUCUCAGACACUCCUUUAAAAUUGAGUGGAUCGAUCAUAUUUACAAGUGAAGACCCACUGAAUAAAGACGUGGAUAUAACCAUCAUAAACUUUGACGAUAUUAACCAACAAGCCGGUGAUAUGCCUGCUGUUGCUGUGAGAUUACCUCAAAAAGAUGAAUCUUUAGAUGCAGGUUUUGUCAACUCAGAAUCCCUUGACCACGGAAUAACAAAGCCUAAAAUGGAUGCAAAAACUGAUAGAUUAGAAAGUUUGUCUUCUAAAACGAUUAAACUAAAUGAAAAGUAUGAUACAAUAGACAGUUCUUAUCGUCUUACUACUAAAGUACAAAAAAAUGAGAAUGAGAUGCCGCCAGGUCGUUUACUUCUUAGCAAAAAGCUGAAAGCGACGGCCAAAGGUACCAGGGGUACCACGUAUACAACUUACGCGAACAUGCGCUUAGACUCUACGGAGCCUACUUAUGUUGCCGAUGCAGAUCACCACAAUGUCCUUAACUACUUAGAAAAGCUACGGAAAGAUCACGCCAUGUUGAGCCCAAAGAGAGUUCAAAUAAGCAGCCACCACUACAGAUAUGAUAUAUCUUACAAGAACCCAGAGAAUCAGAAGUCAAAAGUUCCAACAAGAAACCAACAGCAUAAGCAGAGGAUCUCGAGUAUGCAGGCAGUCGCUCCAACGAAGUGGAAGCGCAGUUCAUUGAGAAUGAAAAACAAUUAUAUCACUUCAAGAGAUGACAGCGCGCAGAGGAAAUCGAGGCAUGGUGAUAAGUAUGCGAACAGAAGAUGGGUGACCAUCGAUUCGAGGUUCAGAUACGGGAGAAACCUCGACGUCACUGAGUACCCUUAUCAAGGCAGUGAUAAAGAGUGGGACAAGAAUAUGGAGAAGGAAUAUGCUGAUAUAAAGAAUUUAGAAAAACGAUUCUUCGGCUGGAGCCCUAAAAUGCAAUUUAUUCAAGACAAGUUAAGUUUAAAGAGGAUGACUGCGUCACCGAAGACCACUCAUCAGAAGACUAAGGCAGCUAAAGCAAACACCAAAGAAAACGUUACGCCGAAGAUGGAAAUGACGACAAGUGAAGUGAUGCCUUCACUUGAUGAUUUAUAUAAGCCAAAAAACGAAAAUGAGACUAAAAAAUUAGAGGGAGAUAAACUAACGGAUUCCUUGGAAGGGUUUCGCAUUCAAUUUGGCCACAAGAAGAUAAGUGACGCUGUUCAGAAGAUUAAAGCAAUAUCUACAGACGAUCCCUCAGAAAAAGAUAUGUAUCAAAUGAAGUAUGGAAUACCUGGCAAAUUUGGAUACGUAACUAAAAAUAAUGCUUCUAAGGCCGAUGACGACUUCGACAUUUUACCUGGAUUACCUGGGGGGCAAGGUGACAACGAAAAAGACGACGAAGACAGAGACAUUACGUUCAAAUUUUCCUCAGGUGCAGACACCACGCAUGCUGCACCUAAAUAUACACAAGCCGAAAUGGAUUAUCAAUAUAUGAUACAAGACCCAGACCACGCUUCAAAGGCAGCGGCCGAUCAGGCAGCGAGCCGCAAGUUUGAACAGUCCAUAUUUGACAAAUCAAUGUAUGGAAAAAAGACUUUCGACGAGGACGUGUUUGAGAAGGCUAUAUUUGGACAGCCCAAAUCUCUUGUAACAGACACAACUAAAACCACCAAGGCUUACUCCCAUUUACUGACGGACAUCAUGUCGUAUGAUAUUACACCAGAUCAUGACAAAGAGAAAAAUAUUGACUACGGUGAACCAUUCUCAUUACCAGACCAUAUCAACGUUGAUAAUCCUGCAACGAUGGACCCAACGCCCACCAACUCAAACGUAACUAAAAAGAAAAACUAUAUAUUCGAUACCGCCAGUAUCUUAUAUAAUAAAUCUUAUCUCCAAGGUUUUAAUACGCCACCAACCAAAAUGCUAUUAUACGAAGCUAGUGAAAAAAGGGAUAAGACUACAGAAAAGCCAUGGUUACCCGUUGCUGGGAACACAUUAAGUGUCUUAUUCAGAAAUCCUUUAGAAGGCCAUUUGGGGUUUGGCGUGAAGCCAAUAAUUCAAGUUAAUCAUCCAAAGCAAGGAGGAGGGGUGACAUUACAAGUGACACCAGUCCCUACACCGAUGGAAAUAAUGCAAGCUCGUUUGUCACAAAACUCAAUGGGACCUCGGUGGCCUCAAGGGCCACCAUUCCAAGGCAAUUGGCCUCAAAUACAGGCUGCCUCAUUGGGUUUUCCACCCUUCCAAAAUGACUUCAGGUAUAACUCGAGUGAAGCGUAUGGGAUCUACAUGGAGCCGGGUAUUUUAAACUAUGAUUAUAAUCAGCCAGUCGCUCCAUUCGGUCAUCAAAAAUUAUAUGCUGACCAAGAAAAAGGCCGAAGUCAAAAGAAAAACGCAAAACAGUUCCUCAGUACACAUUUCAACAAUAACUUGUCCAAAAAAAUUAAAAAAACUUAUUUCACGUUAAAACAUUCCAAAGACCCAAAAAACUUAAACCCCACCACGUGUAAAAAUCCCUACUCAGUGUAUAUUAAAGCGCUCAAUAAAAAUAAAAAACCGAUUUCCAUCCCAAAAAGCACUGCCAUGCAGAAACAUCACACUGUAACCAUUCAGACAGUCACGACGAGAACGCUUUCUCAGAAAACACAACACUUUGUGAAACGAGAUCUCCAUACUCAAGAUACUUACACCGCAAAAGAUGUCGCAGCCUUAGAAGUCAUAGUAGACUUGAUGAAGAACACACUAGGCUACGAAGAGAAGGACAUAGGCAGUUUAAUUGCCACCAGCGUAAACCAUCCAAUGAAGUCGAUCCAUCUACCACAUGACUCCACAAAUUCUAUUCAAGUUCACAUUGCAAUACCGUAUGAUAUGCAGAAUACGAAAAAGAGAUCUCCCUUAGAACCGGUGAGAGUAAGAAAAGUUUUCUCAGCGAAAAUGUCCUCGCCGGUAGACUUAGAGUACCAAGUUCAUUCUUUCGAAGGAGGUUCUUUCGAAACACCUACACCUACUGCUCCUAGUGAUGACGGACUUUCCCCAGGAAUGUAUUUGUUGAUUGACAAACCUAAAAAUGGAUAUGCUUUGAAGCCGGUGAAAACAAAUAUAGAUUUUGCAGAACUAAAGUCUCGACAGGCUGGGAACCUACCUGCAAUGGAAUUAAAAGGUGAGACAACAUUACGACAGGACAGUAUAAAAAAUCUUGCCAAAGUAACGUUAAGCAAGAAUUUUAUUUCAGCCGUUAAUAGACAGUUAGUCGAGAUGUACGAGAAUCUUACCAAAACAAACGAAUCACAGUUAAGAAAACGGCGCCAUACCACUCAAAUCACUAAAAUGAUGUCUCAGGUAGUUACUGAAAGAAUUCAGGGCGUUGAUAAAAGCUUCAGAGUUCGGAGGGUUAUAGAUUGGGAUGCGGUUAAAAAGUUUUUUGGUUACGAAAGAGUUUGUAAUUGUAAAUGCAAAGCAAAUCAGCCAAUGUGCAGAGCUUGUGCAGCAAGUGACGCAGUCAUAGAGGAACUUACUUUCGAAUUUGAUAACCUUGGUAAAUUUAUGAAAGAUCACUGUACAGAAAUUCAAACUUAUUUUUGGGUGAAUCCUAGUGGGGGUUUGAAAUUACGAAAUGCUGUUGAAAGGAUUGAUGAAAGUUUACGUGAUUAUUUUAAGCGGAGUAAAGGUAAGUGCCAAGGAAGGACUUGCGAGGCACUUGGCAAACAAAUCGAGAAAAGACAAUUUAUGAAAAAUACCAAAGUACCCCGUGGAAGUGUCAUUGAAAAUUUAUUGAAAGAUUUAAUAGACGUAACCAACGAUGUAAAUAAAAUAACUGCUAUGAAUACCUGCUAUAAUGAUAAAUUACAAAUAGAAGGUAAAAAAAUGAUAGAAAAUAUAAAUUCCUGUAUCUCACAGAAAGCUUUCGGUAAAAGAUCAGAUGCCGAAGGUACAAAAAAGAAGUUUGUAAAGAACGUUUAUUCGCUUGAUAAUAUAAAUGUUAAUAUUAUUUGUAACCCUGAAAUAUCUUCUACUACAGAUUCCUAUGAGACCUCAACUAUGCAUACUGUAGCAACUGCGGCCAGUCAAAAAUUACAGGAGCACACUCUUAUACCGGAUAACUUUUUUGACUUUGAAGUUGAUAACCUUAAAAAUAACAGUAAAAGAAAAGGAUUUAAACGUCUAUUUCUUAAGAGAAAUAAUAAAAAGGAUAAACUUUUUACGUAUUAUACAGUAGAAGAUGCAAAAACUCCUAGAAUACCGUUUAAACGUGAAGCCAAAAAUCAAAUUGAAAUGCCUUUAGUCGCAGAUAGUGGCGGUACUUUUUGGUUAGAGUAUCUAAGAGCUUCAACCACAAAUCAACCAGAAAUUACUAAAGAUCCAAAGACACAAAAUGAACCGAAACUCGAUGUCGCUGUUGUACAGACAAACGAUAUUUUUUCAAAUAAUAAUGAAAACUCAGCAAACGUUAAAACCAUGAGCGUGAGGCAUGAUUCCGUUAGUGCGAGUCCAAUAAUGGCUAUAAGCAGAGGAAAAAACGAAGAAGCAACUAUGGAUAAUAUGCCAGAGAAUCUAAAUGAAUUACUAAACAUCUUCGAGAACUUCUUGGAGACUAAAAAAAACAACAAUCAAAACUUUUCUGUAUUUUCAGAAAAAUUGGAAUCAAAACAAACUGCUAAGAUAAAAUCUGUGAGACCAAGCACUCCAAAAGUAUAUGUUGUUUCAAGUAAAAAAACCAGUAAAACAGCAGUUACUUCAAUUGACAAAACAAAAAAAAUAGUUGAUGCUCAUAGUACGAGGCCUUUGCAUACUACACUUCCAGGCAAAACCACCCCUAUCAAACCCAAAACUACUAAAAAUAAAUCUGUCAAUAAAUAUAUGGAUAUCAUACCGAAAGAUAAAACAACUUUAACUUCAAGUACUACUACUACCCCUAUCCCUAAUAAAUCUUCAGAUGCUCCAUCAAAAGCUGACGUCACUUGGGAAAUCAAACCAUCUAAUCUGUCUUCAGAUGCUGGACUCAAUACCAACGUAUCUUCAACUACAAAAACUACACCACCUAAAGGUAACAUAGAUACGGAAACGACAACUGGAGCUAACAACAUAACAUUAACAGAUUCGAUGUCUUCAGACGUCAAUGUUACGGAUACGACUUUUACUGAACCUCUAAUUACAGAAAAACUACCUACAGAUGAUUUAACACAAAAAAAAACUACAGGUGAACUAACACAAAAAAAAACAACAGAUAAUAUAUUUUCAGAUACCUUACCUUUAGAUUUUAAUUCUACAGAUGAGUCUGUAGAUUCUUCAAGUCGGGCUGUAUUCAACGAUGUGUCUUCAGAUAUCGUGCCUUCAGACCCCAUAUUUCAAGAUGAUGUGUCGCAAGAUGACAAACCAAAUAUACCUGAAGAUAACCUAUUAGAAAAUAAUCCUUUACCAACCUCAUCUCCAGAUAUUUUCACUGAUUCUCAAAACGAUACGGUGACUAAAAUUACUAACAUGUUGUAUUCUAUUAAAGAUAUCGUAAAACAAUCAUAUGCAACAAAAUUUAAAGUCAAUUUAAUCGAUCCAAAAUCUGUUCCUACUCCAGUUAAAAAAAUAUAUAAAUCCAAACAGUUUAUGAAAGUAGAGAAAAAACGCUUAAACGCCCCAGCUCGAAUCCUAAAUAAGAACUAUUUAAGUACCGCAGGCUUAAAGCAAACGUCCACUUACAUAGAUACAGAUUCGUUAAAAAAUAACCCGAUAAAAGAACCCAACGAAAUUAACCAGAGAUUUACAACUGUAUCGAAGGAGACAAUAGCUGAAACUCCCAAUACAAUUGUCGCUAUUGUAAAAAAUACGCAAGCAACAGAUGCCGCUAAAUCAGAAUUGCUGAAAAGAAUAUCAUCGAAGACUGAUUUUUUAGAUUUAACAAGUAAUUUCUAUUUGCUUAAAAAUACGGAUCCAGUUCUUGGACAUUCCGAUUUCAAUAUAGACCAAAUAUCAACAGUACCAAUGGACUCAACUAUGUCAAGUAUAGAAUUCGCAGAUUUCAACAGCCAGUCAACAUAUGGACAUCCUAAAAUAAUAAUUAUUAAUGAAUAUGAUCAGGUUGCUGAUAGUUCUCUGAAUCAGAACGAAGGAAGUUCAAACAAAUACAAAAAUUUACUGCUCUCUAUAAUACAAUAUGAGACAAACCGACUAAAUGAUGAAUGGCAGAAGAUAGCCUAUGCUAACGAGAACAGCUACGGGAACAAGCGUAGUGCCACACUGAAUGAUGGUUCUUCUGGCCCAUCAACAUUCCGAUCUAUAAUAGAGGAUAGUGUUGCGGAGACCCCGGAGCUACCUAAAAAGAAAGGUUUACUAAACAAGCUUGUGAGCAAGAUCGGCAUGAAGGUUGUGUCUGCUAAAAAGAAGGUAGCCCACACUUCCACGUCUCACUGCUCCGAGUCAAAGGCGUUAAUGAUAACGAUGAUAAACGUCCCGCGAACUGAGAAGCCGACAGCUGCAUCCAGUGAACAAGAGCACGAGGUGACAAGUAUCAAACCAAUGAACAUUACAGUGAGACAGAAGCAGAAGAAGGCUUUCAAAACUCCAGAGGCAAGUCAUCUAUACCCGUCGAGCCGGACGAUCUGUGACAUCCAAGCAACUUACGAUCACGUCACACAGCGCCGACAAGAGCUUACAGCGACAGCCUUUGAUGCGUACGUAAAGGAUAUACCCUGUUAUAAAUACAAGAGACUGCAAAGAAGUUUUCUCAUUACCCGCAAAACUAAAAUACCGAAAUGGGAUUGGAUCCGCAACAAAAGAUCAGUGUUACGUUUUGACAAAUGCAAGAAAAGUGACAAUGUUAAUCAAUAUUGUGAUAAGUUCGAAAUGUUCGUCAAGGAUGGUGAUGGUAUAUACAGGAUCAUGGAGAGAAGGAAGAGGGAUACUGGCAGAUCUAUAAAAAAACAGUUGAGGCACUUACCGCCGCUGAAACCUGGGAAGAAUGAACUAUACGUCAUGGUAGGUGACUCCGUUAGCUUGGACUGUCCUUUACAACCGCAGCGCUCAACAUACUCUCAAUAUAUUUGGGGAGCAGACCCGAAGGAACUGCUCAGUUGUGAUAAUGUGAGGAUAAAUGGCUUUACACUCGUGAUAAAGAAGGUUGGACCAAGGAAUGCAGGCAGAUACAGAUGUAGUGUGGAUGGCAUCGUGCGCAGGAGCACCAAAGUGACGGUGGUUGCAUUGCCAACGAUUGAUGUGGUGUUCCUACCCACUUACAAAACUCCGCGAGAUUGUAACUAUGAUGAUCUCAAAGCGAUUCAACAGUUGGGUCGUGAGAUGACCAACGCGGUUGGAUGCGGCAACAUUUGCACGAUAAGAAUUGACGAACCAAUGUGCCAGAAAGACAGAGCUACGAACAGGUCAUUGAUAAGGUCUACUGGAGUUCUCACGAUGUCUCCCCGCCGCUUCCAGUGCGGUGUCCAGUGCAGGAGGGACUUGUUCUCAUCGAUGCUACGUCUGGCCAUUGGUAACAUUCCCGCAGUGACUUACACCAGAGUGGUGGUUUCUAAAGAUGGUGUUAAUGAGACUUUAAAACCCUGCAAGUAUACCGGCAGGCCCAUGACGACACAUACACUUCGGAAGAAAGAUUCAAGCGGCCAUUUUGAGUACCACAAAUUCUCGUCUGUGGCAGAAUCUGGCCAGAUGAACAUCGUCACCCUCUGCCACCCAGGGUUCUAUCUGCUCAAGGACCAAAACAUUUGCGCGCCUUGCCCGGCGAACACGAGCUCGUCUCUGGGUGACAACGUGUGCACGGUGUGCGUGGCCGGCACGGCGGCACCUCCCGGCGCCGCGGAGUGCCACAGCCUCGUCAAACGACUGCGCAGGUAUGAUUGGUGGUGGUACCCGUCAUGUGGAUACGUGUUGGCGUUCGGCGGUCUGGUGUGCGCUUGUGGUGUGUGCAUGGCGCUGGCUCUCGUAGUGCACCUAGGAUCCAGAGGAAUCGAGGCCCAGUGCCCCUGCGAUAGAAUAAACUCAGCGUGCCUCGUAGGGACUGGAGCCAUGAAGCCGCACGUAGUGGCAGGCUACACGCACACCUCACGUCCGCGUCCUCUGUCUCCCUCACGUGUCAUCCUCGCCAGAUUCUACAAGCCGUCUCUCCCUUCCUCGAGAGGAACAGUCGUUGAUUCGCAAGAGACUAGAUUCGAGAUGUGGAAAGAGAAAAACAUCCCGCCGUCACUGCCAGAUAUAGAUUUUGAUAUUGACACUAGCUGA